UCGUUUGCGGUCCUUUGCAGUCCUUUUUGGUUAAUGUUUGUAAUUUAUGGUAUGACAUCUUUAAAAACUCUAAAAAAUAGCAACCAGCUUGCGGACGCCAUCUUGGGUAAGUGAGCUAGUUGUGCAAAUACGUUGAGCAAAAAAUGAUAAUUUUGAGCUGCAAAACCAGCCAAAAGCGGUAAGUGCAAAUUAUGCUAGCAGUGCUGUUUUCGGAAGAUAGAUGAAAAUUGUGCUCGUAAUGACGAAUUAAUGCCAGAAAUUAUGCUUGCACAAUCUAUCAAGCCUAGCGUCAUGUCUUGUCAGCGCAGCCAGCAGAUCACGACAGUAUCUUUACUGAGAAGUUAAUACGAAAUUUUCAUCUUGGGUGCUUUUCAUUCAUCCCAGAAUUGGGUUAGAAAUCAAAUUGAACAGACCAUUUCGGUUUGGUCUGACAGAAGUAUUUGGCACCAUCUUUGGAGGUGGUCCACUUUGAGUGGGACCGAAAUGUUCCUCUCCAUUUGACAAAAUUGUUGUCUCCAAUACCACUCUUCUGAAUCCUGUUAACCUGGCUUGGUGCAACCGGAUUGUACCGGAACCGGAAUGUAAAUUUUUGUUGAAUGGAAUGGGGUCCUUGUUGUAAGUUGCAAUCGUUGUUACCCCUCUUUCCAUAAAAGGAUCUCGUACACUAUGGACACUCUCUUUGAAUGAUCUGUUUAACAACACCUUCUCAAUUAAUUAAAUUAUGUUUCUUGUGAUCAACCUGUUUUUUUGUGUGUGUUUGCUGUGGUCCAGCAGGCAUACUGGGAUCUGCCUCAACGUUGUUCCUUCUUAAAUAACUUUGGGGGUAAACAUCUGUUUUAUUUGAGAGGCUAAAUUGUUUUUUUUUUUAAAUAUUACGUGCCUUGUUUGCUAAGGUCCAGCAUAUUGAUUGUGAGGCCCAGUUUAUAUAGAGAUAACUUCAGUCCUGGAUAGAAGAGUCACUCGCUCACUCCAGCUACCCUGGAUCGGUCAACGUUUUGUACGCUUCGUCACAAAGCGCAGCGAACCAUUUACACGAGAAACAAAAAGUUGGCUUGGCUAGAAUGGUAACCCGGCUGUUACACUUUUUCGAUGGGAGGGCAUCCUCCUAGCUGGGCUAACGUUUCUCCAUAUAAACACUUUGCCUCGUCCGGCUGGGUCAACUCGGGUCAACUAAAAAUUGGUGUGGGUCACAAUUCUCAAAUGGAUAUUGAAAACGUACAUAUAUUUAGAAAGGAAAAGAGAAGCAAUUACAGUCACACAAUUAUUUUAAUUGUAUUUCAGGUAUUCCCCAGACACGGAUGUCCAAAAGAAGUGUUCUACAGUUUGGGUUUAUGAUUGCGUGUGAAACGAAGCGAAGUCCUCUGGAGUACAAUGGUUACGGGUGUUAUUGCGGACAAGGAGGAAAAGGAACACCCGUGGACGAGAUUGACUGGUAAAUACCCAUGUUAUAAUACACGAAGUCUGUAAGGGGGGAGGGGGGGGGGGUGUCCUUACCCCGCAGUUCCGUUCGAACGUCUGUCGUCUCUAUUUCGAAUAUUGUUUCCCGCUUCUUGGUUAGCGGUCAAGUGUUGAAGUGUUGGACCUGGGGCAUCAAGUAAUUAUCCCGAAUGAUUCCGCGCAAACCCGUGCAAUCGAGAGGAGGAACAAGUUUGAUGUCCUCCGAAGAAUUUGCCCUAAAACUUAAUAUUAGAAAAGGUUAUUUAAAAAAAUAUGUUUUCAAAGCGAUAACGGAUGAAUGCCAAGCACCGUUUAUUAAAAAAAGUUGGUUAUAGCUUACAAAAAAUCUUACCUGGCAAAAUCCUCACAUUUUAUAUAUUAUGUACUUUUACAGGUUUAUGAAACAAACCCAAUAAAAUCUUUUCCCCACUGAAGUAUCGGACGGCCUCAAAGCUAUAAUCACGAGAUAAUUCAUCUUAAUGUUUUUCGUAUACAGUUAACUGUGUUGAGUAAUUGUUAUCUUGUGAAAAUCUACUAAUAAAUUUUUCAGUCGUGUAGUAAAUCUCCUGUAAUAAAACUUGCUCAAGACCGUUCAGGGAAAAUAUCGACCCCCCCCCUUUUUUUGUAAGGACCUCGCUGGGGUUGGUCUGUUCUGUCAAGACCUUGGGCCAAUAUUCUACCAGUAAGGUCCUUGCACUUCGUUAAUAACAUAUACAUACAAUCCUAUAACCCUUAUUUACACUGGCUUUAACAGGCAAGAGGAGAGGAUGGCGCUCGUGUUCCCGGUUUUCGCAUUACAUAUCAAUCUUCCUGAGUUUUUACCUCCCUAAAUUAUUAAAGGAGCUAAAAGCUAAGAUCUAUACAAUUUUUUCUAAAGGGUUCCUCGUUUUGUGAUAGUUCUAAGCUUUUGCGUGACGCGAUUUUUACAUGGUGGCCGAGAAAGCUGUCAUGUAGGUUGAAAAAGUGACCUAUUUGGGAGAUUUAUGCUGUAUUAAUAGUCAUUGUAUUAGAAAAAGUAAUACUUCAGUGUUUAUGAGUUCCUCUAGAAAUGAAUUUCCGCUUUAGUAGCAAAACUCAGCGACAGACGUUUCUGUUAGUUUCCUUGCGUUAUGUUGGUGUCCAUCCGGAUGGGCACCAACAUGACGUCUCCAUACAAAGCUCUAUAAAAUUUGGUAAAUCAUUUCUUCCAAUAUCCCGCAAAUGAAAAUUGCACUGACCUGAAUCUAAUGAGGGUCUGUGCAUAUUUACCUUCUCCUAUUUCCCAGAUACUGGACUUAAUUUAUUAAAAGGUUUUGAUCUUUUGGAUUUUCUUUGUUUUUAAUGACAGUGAAAACCAGCAAUUAGUGUUUCACAAACUGCGACCAGAGGGUCUUUUUUUAGAAUGCUGUUUUCCAAUGCUUAUUGCAGGUGCUGUUAUGCGCACGACAUGUGUCAUUAUAAGUUGCAACCGAAAGAAGCUUGCGGCAAGUCCUAUCACAUUGUUGAGUUGUACUUAAUUCUCUACCUACGGAAGGGUUGUUCGGGUUGUGGUAAGUGUAAUGAUCAGCGGUAUUUCCGUACGCAUGCGUACAUAGUUAUUAGUGUGUGAGCUUCGGCCAUGUUGUGUACUUCCGUACUAGAGAUUAAAACUGUUUGGAAUCCUCAGCCAUCCUAGUCGUUCGUAAAGAUUAUUACAGUAAGUGCGCUCCUUGAUCUAAUUGUAAUAAAGAAGUAAAGUACAACAGAUGUGUGACAACAAGAAUAAUUUACUUCACCAAGAUGGCGGUCUUACAAGACGUGCCCUCACUACUAAUGGGUAUGAUAAUCACAGGACACCCAGCCAGUAUAUUACAUAAUCACUGACAAUUAAUAAGACCCCGCCACCCCCUCGAAAAUUAAAAACACAACAACAAUAAGAAACAAACAAACAAACAUAUAUAGCAACUGCCUUACAAUAUAAAAUGAGCCGAACGUAUAGUGAAUGCAAUGCGCUUAUUUCGCACACAUCCGUUUCCAACCCUUAAUUGGAUGCAAUCAACACACUUUAACUAACGAGCUUCUAACCAUCUUGUAUUGGCUUAAAUUUUAUAAAAUUUUGCAGCUCUUGCUUAUUUCAAUAAUACCAUUGAAAGCAACUAAAUAAAAAAGCAAUAAUCAACAGCAUAAGACGUAAACUUUCUGAUAUUUUGCUCUGAAAAUGUGACAUCAACAUGUUUUAGUAUAUAUUGUGGGAUGUAUGCAGUUUGCAAAGGUAAAACGCUCUUGUGGCUACACGAGGAUAUAAGACACACCGCAAAUAAUGGCUGCGUGCAUAAUGCAAGUGUUUUUGCCGUAUUCUCUAACUUGAACAUUAUGUUUUCCUUUUUUUUCUAUUUUAGUGGGAAGCCCUUGGAAUUCUUGCGUUCAAAAGAAGCUGUGCGAAUGUGAUGCCGAGGCUGCAAAAUGCUUUAAGAAAUACGAUUCAAAAUUCAACGAGAACCACAAGAACUACCCGAAAUCAACGUGCAAAUGA